CCGCCCAGGCCACAGCCCCAUAUACCAUACCCAACAGUACAUAUACGCUCACCACGUCAUCGCUUUCCUUCCCCAUCUCUCUCUCUCUCUCUCUCUCUAUUCUCUUUCUGAAACCUGAGAUUCUCUCUCUAGGAAAUUUUGGUUACAGCUCUCGUUCUACGAGAGCUCGGUCGCUCGUGCCCUGAAGAAGAUGAAGCGGUCUGCCUCCAGAAAAACGGGUCAACCUAAUUCCACUGUUAAUUCUUCGGCGGCCGAUCUUUUUCGUUCCGCCUCCAGUAAAGCAAAUACGAAAGAGUUGGAAAGGAUUGAUAACUUGUUUUAUUCAUAUGCAAAUGGGUCUUCUGGUAUGAUCGAUCCAGAAGGAAUUGAAGCUCUUUGUUCAGACUUGGAAGUGGAUCAUACUGAUGUGAGGAUCUUGAUGCUGGCAUGGAAAAUGAAAGCUGAAAAACAGGGAUACUUUACCCUGGAAGAGUGGCGGAGAGGCCUUAAAGCAUUAAGGGCUGACACGGUAAAUAAAUUAAAGAAGGCACUUCCAGAGCUAGAGAAAGAGGUCAGGAGGCCAUCGAACUUUGUGGAUUUCUAUGCCUUUGGAUUCCGAUAUUGCUUAACAGAGGAGAAACAGAAGAGCAUAGAUAUAGAAAGCAUCUGUCAAUUAUUAAAUAUUGUUCUAGGAUCCAAUUUCCGGUCACAGGUUGACUUUUUUGUUGAGUACUUGAAGACUCAGAAUGAUUACAAGGUCAUAAACAUGGAUCAGUGGAUGGGAUUUUACCGGUUUUGCAAUGAGAUAAGUUUUCCAGGUCUUAGUAAUUAUGAUCCUCAACUCGCUUGGCCUCUGAUCCUGGACAAUUUCGUAGAAUGGAUGCGGGAGAAAUAAUUUUUGGUCAACUUAAUUCUCUGAUGUAGACCAUAUUAUAUCAUAUUGCUGUUGAUCUAUUUGCAGGGCUACAAAACUACAUACAUCAAAUGUCCAAGGAAUCUUCUUCGUCUUCUUCUUCUUCUUUUUUAUAAAUUUUUUGGUGUUUUUGUUCCCUCUUUCCAUCCCAAUAUGAAGUCUUCCUCAAAAUUCUCUCAUCCAUGGAAAUUUCAUCUUUGUGCUCUAAAUAUGUUUGAGAAAGUCUUGAUGCAUACUAUAAUUUAUAUUUCUUGCGGCUUUCAUAAUUUAACACCAUGGAUACUCUCUUGUUAUAUACAAAAUUAUUUGAGCUACCAA